UUCCUGGGGGGGGAUAGCUCUGCUGUGGAUUUAUGCUGCUUCUACCCCGGAUUUUUCUAUCUGAAUGGGGACAAGGAUUGUAGCAACCAUGUUGGGAAGAGGUUUAUUUUCAGAAUCCGUCAUGAAACUUUGAUUAAUUCACUAUGCUUAAAACUUUUUUUUUCUUCCUCUCUAAUGUUCCUCUGUGCUGCUGGGUUGUGGGCCAGAGGAAGCUGUUUCUAUAUGGCCAGCCAUUUGGGGAUAUGCUGCGAGCCAAGGUUUUGUUCUGAUUGGCUUGACGGCGGUGACAAAUUGGCCUAUCAUGAAUUGGAUGGACGGAGGUCGCUCUCGAGGAGCCAUGGCUGGAAGCUGGCUUACAGCUUGCUUUUUCCCUUCCCCAGGUGCUGAUGCUAGUUCUGAACCCAUGAUCCUGGAGCAGUAUGUGGUGGUGUCCAGCUAUGAGAAACAGGAGAACUCGGAGAUCAGCCUUCAGGCUGGGGAAGUCGUGGACGUAAUAGAGAAAAACGAAAGCGGUUGGUGGUUUGUGAGCACAGCAGAGGAACAGGGCUGGGUCCCUGCCACAUACCUGGAAUCCCAAAAUGGCACUAGAGAUGAUUCAGAAAUUAACACAUCCAAAGCUGGGGAAGUUUCUAAGCGACGCAAGGCUCACCUGAGACGCCUGGACCGGCGAUGGACGCUGGGCGGGAUAGUCAACAGGCAGCAGAGUCGAGAAGAGAAAUAUGUCACAAUCCAACCGUACACCAGCCAAGGGAAGGAUGAGAUUGGGUUUGAAAAAGGGGUCACCGUGGAGGUCAUCCAAAAGAACCUGGAAGGAUGGUGGUACAUAAGGCAUCUAGGUAAAGAAGGCUGGGCCCCAGCAUCCUACCUGAAGAAGGCUAAAGAUGAUCUUCCGUCUAGGAAAAAGAACUUAACUGGGCCAGUGGAAAUUAUAGGCAACAUUAUGGAGAUCAGUAACCUGCUGAACAAGAAACCAUCCAGCGACAAGGAAACCCAAGCAGAAAACGAAAUGGCGGAAUCCCACAUCACAAAGAAAGAAAUUAGCUUACCCAUCUUGUGCAAUGACUCUAAUGGCAAUGCCAUGAUGACCUCAGACAAGCAGGCUUCGAAACUGGCUCAGGGAUCCCCUGCUGUAGCGAGGAUCGCACCACAAAGAGCUCAAAUAAGCUCUCCAAAUCUAAGAACCAGGCCGCCACCACGGAGAGAAUCCAGUCUGGGCUUCCAGUUACCUAAACCACCUGAGCCGCCAUCAGUGGAGGUGGAAUACUACACCAUUGCAGAAUUCCAGUCUUGUAUUUCUGACGGAAUAAGCUUUCGUGGAGGACAAAAGGCAGAGGUUAUUGAUAAGAACUCUGGUGGCUGGUGGUAUGUACAGAUUGGAGAGAAAGAAGGGUGGGCUCCAGCAUCUUACAUUGAUAAAAGGAAGAAGCCCAAUUUAAACAGAAGAACCAGUACUCUAACCCGACCCAAGGUCCCUCCCCCAGCACCUCCCAGUAAACCAAAAGACGUGGAAGAUGGAACAGCUCCUGGGACUGUUUCAUCAGGAGAAGCCCAGGACUCCCCACAAAAGCUCAGAUAUGAAGAACCAGAGUACGAUGUGCCUGCCUUUGGCUUUGACUCGGAGUCUGAGGUGAAUGAAAGCCAUGGAGAUGAUAGUUCCUUGGAAAAAUGUCUGUUUCAGCCACUUAAGCCAUCUCCUGUCUCAUCCCUGCAGAGGGCAAAGUUCAGAGUUGGUGAGUCUUCAGAGGAUGUUGCUCGUGAAGAAGAGAUCAUCUAUGAAAAUGAGGGAUUCAGGCCUUAUGUGGAGGACACUUCAUCAUGUAAAGAAUCCAGCGGAGACUCGGAUUCCCAAAAAAGCUCCUCUCUGUCUCUAAUCCGAAGAAACUCUCCAUGCUCCAGUUCUCCCAAAUCAUCGCUCCUGAAGCUCAAAUCUGACAAAAGCAUUCAGCCCGAUCUUGGAAAAAGUCACUACUCCAGGAAUGACGAGAUAAAACCCAGAUCAGCCUCAGAUGUUGGCUUACGUAGCAUGCCAAGAACAAGUGCGAAGAAGGAGCCUGGACAGAGCCCCUCAACGAAAGCGAAGCCAAUGGUUAGACCUAAGCCCUUCCUCAAUAAGGCAGAUUCUCAGAGCCAAGAAAAAAUGGAUAUCAGCACUUUAAGGCGUCAGCUGAGGCCAAUUGGGCAGCUCAGAGGUGGACUUCAAGGUUCGAGAAGUGAAGAGUCUGAAAGCCCUCCACAAAUAGCUCCUGAGAGCCAAGACGACUCCCUUAGAAGAAGCUCCGCAGAUCUCAUUACAUCUCCUUCCCAUGCCAUUUUUUGCUCUAACCAUCCAGCCAAGACAGAGCAAGAGAAUGACACAAAAUGUUUUUAUGUGACCUCUGACUCUUACCAAAAGGUUCAGGAUUCUGAACUCUGCUUCCCAGCAGGAGUGGAAGUGGAAGUGUUGGAAAAGCAAGCCAGUGGAUGGUGGUACAUGAAAUAUGGAGAUAUGGAAGGGUGGGCUCCUUCCCACUACCUCGUACUUGCCGAUAACCAACAACAAGAAACUUCAGAGACUGACAUCUCGCUGGGCAGGAACAGAAGAAAUGAAAGCAAGUCAAACAGCUUGGAGAAGAUAGAGAAAAGAGUUCAGGCUUUGAACACCAUCAACCAGAGCAAAAGAGCAAUGCCCCCCAUUCCAAGCAAACCCCCUGGUGGCUUUUCCAAAACUUCAGGGGCUGUGAAAAUGAGGAAUGGAGUGAGACAGUUAGCAGUGAGGCCACAGUCUGUGUUCGUCUCCCCGCCCCCAAAGGAUGAUAACCUGUCCUGCUCCCUGCGCAGGAACGAAUCCUUAACUACUACAGACCAUCUAAGGGCUGUCCGCCGGAAUUCCUCUUUCAGCAGUGCGCGAUCACAGCCUGGUGACUCGAAGGCAAAGCAGACUGAUCAAUCGGGCAUAGAGGGAUUGGAGACAACCUCCAACUUAUCCACUCAGCGCAAUGGAAUCCCGGUGUCCACUGUCCGGCCAAAGCCCCUUGAAAAAUCCCAGUUCAUCCACAACAACCUCAAGGAUAUCUACGUUUCCAUUGCAGACUAUGAGGGGGAUGAGGAGACGGCAGGGUUUCAGGAAGGUGUCUGCAUGGAGGUCCUGGAAAGAAACCCAAAUGGUUGGUGGUACUGUCAGAUCAUGGAUGGUGGGAAACCAUUUAAAGGCUGGGUGCCCUCAAAUUAUUUGGAGAAAAAAAAUUAAUGUUGCAAUAUCUUAAAAUUCCCUAAUUUAUACUGUUCCUGCUGUGUACAUCUGGGAAAAAAAUUGCUACACCCACAAAAAAAAUUUUCCUCGUGCUCUAGUUUGUGCAAAGGGACUGACUGAUUAAGCUGUGCUGUGUUUGCAGAGCGUUAUGGGGUUAACAUGGCCUGAAGGAAUUUAAGCAAAGAAAAAGAUGAUACAGUCAAACGUCUUUUUUUUUUUUUUGAAGCUGUUAAUAAUCUGUGUGUAACAGGGUAUGAGAUCCCAUCUUUCCUGUUAAUGGUAGGAAACCAAACGUGUGCCUUUGCGAGAGAUACAAACUGAUGCAUCCACUUGAGGAAAUCGUUGGGGGGGGGAGAGUUUAGUGCCAAACUUAGACAUUUUAGAAUCUCGGCUUCCUCUCUCCUUCCUCUCAUCUCCACAUGGAAUAUCCAGAAGUUUUGAAUGUGUUUUCACAACUUUUAACUGUGCAAAGUGAGUGGGAAUUUGAUUCUAAAGUGCAGAGGAGAACCCCAGCCCUUUCUAGAAGCUCAGAUUUUUCACUCUUCUCAACAGUCAGUUCCAGUGUUGGAGCCUUUUCAUCGUGGAGAGAUUUGGUCUCUGACUUCAACCACAGUUUGUCAUUAUUACUAAACCUCAGAAAUGACAUUCAGGAGGCGUUUUGGGGUUUUUUGGCUGCCUUUUGUUCUGUCUCUAGGCUCUUGAGUUGAGACUCCAGGUGUUCUUAUGGCCUGUAGGGCUACCAGGUGCUUGCAAACACACCACAAAAACAAACCUAUGGACACAACUUUGUGAACAAUGAUUACUUUAAAUACUCCUUGUUUAGUUCAGUGUGGUGACUCCUGCCAAGAGAUCCAGGUUGAUUCUCUUUCCUGAGCUGGGUUUUUCCAAAUUGUCACAAUUUUUAAGUAUUCAAAAUGCCUCUGAGGCCUCAAAGAAGAAAAGCAAUCAAACGCGUUACUCCUGUUUUCACUGUCAGAUACAAAUUGGAGCACAUUCACAGGACCCACAAAGCUGUAAGUUAGAAACAGCCAUAACCUGUUGCGGCAUCAGUGUUUACAAAGGGGGUGGUGGAGAAGCCAUGGAAUUCAGUAUGCACAAUCUUUAAUUUGUAUAUUUUGGGGGAGUUGUUUUUGUUUGUCUUUCCUGUGCAUUCUGGGUAUUUUUUAAUUGUGCAUUGAUUUACCAAAAAAGACUCUUUAGUUUUCACUUAAAGAAAAAAAAAGUAGGAGUCAAUUUUGUGAUUGGAUUCCCACUUGAAUCCAAAAAGUACAUUUGUACUGCAAAGAGUGCAUGGAUUUUCAAGCUCAAAGAGAGAUCUAAUAACAAAGCAAUUAAGGCUACAAUGUGACUAGCUGCCUCUUCCCCCCACUCCACCCCCACUUUUCCUUCAUGUUAUUUAUAACUCUAAUGCUUUAAAAUGUGACCCACGGGUGGCGGGGCGGGGAAUAUACAACCAUUUGGAAAGGGCUUGGAUUAGACUGGUUCCUGAGGUAGCCAGCUAUUGUACUGUAAGCAUCAGCCACUACAAAUCCAUACUGUACUGGAGGAAGUCUUGCUUUUGGCAGUUUUUUGAUGGGCUCCUUAAACAUUUAAGUGAAGAUCAAUAUCCAAUUUCUUUAAGAGGCAGCAUUUUUGUGUCCUGUUUUAAAGGGGAAAAGUCAAUUAUUUCACUGCUCGUGUAUUACACAAAAUGAUACAUGCCCUUUUAUUUUCCAGCCAAACUUCGUACCAAUUAUUGGCAUUGGGAAGAUAAAGGGUCUGAUGAUUUAGUUAGCUGGAACCCAACCUGGGGUGGGGCCUAAAAUAGCACCGUAUUGAGUGUGUUGUAGAGUGUUUUCUCUGCCAACAAAACACAAUUUACAAGUUGUUCUUGUCUUUAUUUUUUUUGUGAUUUUUUUUGGGGGGGGGGGGUUUAACUAAUCAUCACGAAAACUUCGAGGGAAAGAUGCCUACAGUCAACAUGACUGACAUCCCUUUGCUAGCUGAAAAACUAUUACGUUGCAAUCCAAGGCUGCAAAUGGAGUUCGGUUGAAACCGUGAUGUCCACGAGUAAUGGUGGGGGAGGGUGUUCUACUUGGAUCCAACGUAAGUCGUGAGGGGGAGGUGUAUCUACACUACCGCCCAUAUCAAAAUGUGUAGAGUCCUCUCUCUGCCUUAUGUUUUACUAUAUAUAUGUAUAUACCCAGUUAACCACAUCUUACUGGAUGUCUGUCUGAGGCACUGCAGUCCCAUCUCUCAUGCUUCUGCCCAUUUUUAGUUGUACUAAUAUGGUAGCAGUCAUUACAGACUGCUGGAGCUGUUGUGAGAUUAUAAUAGAACUAUUCUAUUCUUCUGCUGGACAGUAUUAAAUAGAGCAAUACAUAGUUAUCUGCUAGAUUGCAGUACUAACAGUAGUGACUUAGUGACUUGUGUAAUGUUGUUUUGAUUUACUUUAACAAUAAUGAUGCGGAAGUGGUUCAUUAUUUUGAAUUAAUGCACUUUAACAAUAAAAAAAACCAAAAUGGAAGUCAACACAGCGAACUAAGUGCAUUAUUUAA